UCUGAACAAUAACUCGAUCCACAAAUUUGGAGGAAACACUGUACAUCAGUCCCUGUUGCAGUUCAUGUCGUUGAUCGCACUGAUCAGGAAAAUCCCCGACCAACCCUGCUUCUAGCCUCUCUGGGCCCUCGAUGUACCUUCUGCCUUCCAUGCCGUGGCCGGAAUUGCCAGGGAAAAGCAUGCUUGAUGCAUGCACGGAUGCUGGAUAGCCAUAGCUGCAUGUGGCCCUAGUUCAUACGCUCAGAUUCUCUCCUGGAUUUGUGCACCGGCCGCCCGGGCACUUUCUCAUAAAAAAAGCCGUACUCUUAUGGACUACAAUCGGGACGAGAAUCAAGCAAGGGAUUCAAAACAUUGUGCAAUUCCAUCCCGGUGCCACUCAGUCGCAUUUAUAUUUACCGCUAUAGAUUGAGACCGAGCGCAUAAUAAUCCAUCGGAAGCAUGACCAUUGAGUUGUACAUCGUUCGUCACGGUCAAACGGAGGGCAACAGAGCACGAAUCCUCCAAGGCUCUUCCGACAUUCCUCUGAACGAAGUUGGCCGAGAGCAAGCCCAAAAGGCCUCCCAAGUGCUCAAGGAUGUGCCAUUCACAGCCGUGUUCUCCUCGGAUCUUUGUCGAGCCCUAGAAACGGCGCAGAUUUUGCUCAAAGGCCACACCACGUGUCAGAUCCCCAUCAUCCAAUGGCCUUGCGUGCGGGAGCGAUGCUUUGGUGUGAUGGAGGGCAAGCCGAUCCAGGAAUACUACGAAGCCUCGGCUUUGGCCAACGAAAAGCACUUUAAUUACGUGCCCGAAAAUGGCGAAUCUCAUAAGGAAGUGGAAGUUCGAGCCCACAGGUUUAUGGAGCAAUUGUGCGAAACGGAUGUGAUGAGUGAAUCAUCGGGCGGCCAUGGCACGACCCAACCCGUGAUUUUAGUGACCACACAUGGAGGAUUUCUCAAGGGAUUGAUGACCGUCUUGGUGGAAAAGAUGGGCUGUGACCUUUCCGAAUCGUCGAACCAAGCCUACUCGAGUAUCUGCCAGAAUACUGGGAUCACUCGGGUGACAUUUAGCUUGGAUGCAAACAAAAAACCGGUGAACAUGAAAUGCACUAAGCUCUACGACGCGGCACAUUUGAACGAUGGGUGAAAUGUUUUAAUCAAUUGCCUUUGUGGAAAUAUACUGAAGCAAAAAAGGG